AUUGCCGUUGUUUCCCACGCCUCUCGCCUUUGAAAGACAAAGACCACUUUUCACUUCUUCGUGUACCAUUAUCAUCAACCUUCCUACGCUUCUCACUAGCCGCGACAACUAUGGGUUUUUACACUGCGAAGGCCAAUCUAUUUUGUAACGAGCAACUUUUCGAAAUGGUCCUGAAUCAUUUCAACCCCAAGACUCGUGAGGGUCGACAGACUCUCCUUUCUGUACUUAUGGUUGAGACGAACUGGUUUGAUCGUGCUGCCCACGUGUUAUGGCGUGAGGCAACAUCAAAAGCACUUUCAUACCUUCUUCCAAGAUACACACCACGCCAGGUACUCGAGCCGCGUCGCUGGGCCGACGCUCUGAGUCCUGAAGACUAUGCACGCUUGAAAGUCUAUGCUCCGCACAUCGCGAACUUAGUUCACGACGAUAAGAUUCAUAAUGCUCAAGACGCCCUAAUGUUCGAAGCAUUCAUUCUGGGUUCCUCAUUCCCUAUAGGCAAAGAUGAUGAAAAACCCAUAUUCACCCGACUUACACAUCUCGAAUGGAAACGAACAGAGCUUUCGACACAUCACGACGAAACAAAUCCAUUACGAAAUUGCGUACGUCCCGGUGAACGAUUUUUGGAGUUUGUGGGCCGUAUCUCGACAGGUCGGCUACGUACGCUGCUGUUGGACGUUCCCGUACUAGUGGAACCCUGUGUGGAUGGCUGGGUGCAAUUUUUCCAGGGCCUCCGGGACUUGAAAUGUCUUACAUUUCCUUUACCAUUGACGGCAUGCACAAUGGCGGUUCUAAACGGGCUCUCCAAGUUGAAAUGUCUGGAACGGUUAUCGACCAUUACCAGUAGAUGUCAAACGGACGACUUUGGGAACUUCGGAUUCACACCUGAAUUUCAAGAAGGUGCUUUCCCGCGAUUAAAGGGGCUGCACCUCGCCUGUUACCCUCGAGACGUGUCGCAGUUACUGGGCGCGCGGUACGCUCCAAAAGAGCUAGUCGAGCUCACAAUCCUCCUACCUUUCACCCGUGACCUACAUAACGCCACAUCCAGGGAUAUCAAUUCUCUCUUCCGGUCCAUCGCGAGCCAUUGCAAGCGACUGAAGAAACUGAGUUGUUACUAUGACAGGCACGAUGGACGAUUUCCCUCCGUCAGACGGCACGAUAUCAUCCACGCUGAAUCCUUUCGUCCGCUGUAUGCUUUACGCAAUAUGAUAUCCUUCCGUUUCGCAUGUACGCUGGAGGUGCGAUUUGCUCAAGAGGACAUCGAAGCUCUCGCUUCCAGCUGGCCAUCGCUCAAGCAUUUACAGCUUGAAAGCGAGGAAUUGUUUAGUGUCAUAACUGACAAGACCUUGAAUUUGGAUGCGCUACUCCCGCUGGCUCGCCAUUGUCCAAACUUGGAGGAUCUGAAGAUUUCACUCUCCUGUCAAAACGGGCCUCUGUUAAAGAAUGCCGAUCAUCCACUUCCUACAUUUCAAAAGCUCAAAGCUUUGCACCUCUUCCCUGGGUUUACGUCGCUACCCGCUCCCCAGGAUUUGGUCCUCACGUUGUUCCGUAUGUAUCCGUCGCCUGGUCGGUGGACGUUUACAUACCCAUGGGACCAUUCUGGUUACAGUGCUUACUACAAGAGCCUUGAUCGAAUCAGGCAAAUAGAACUUGUGCUGCUGCGGGAGCGCAUCCAGCGAGGAUGGAAAACUGCGACGUGUGUGGUGGAUGCACUGAGUCGAUAUCAGAGAGAUCUUCACCGAAUACCUGAAGAGAAACAAGGGAUCAGAAUGCGGGCCCAGAAGACAAGAGACGAAGCUCCGAUUGGUCCUUGCAGGGUAUGGUCAUUCGGAGAGACAUUCACCAAUGCGCUUGGUUUCUUUUUUGGGAGAGCCUGAUCGGGGGACAGUGUACUUAGAUCAAGCUGCUAUGUUUAAACCCACAUCAUUUAGAAACUCAUGGCAAUUCAGUACGGCCUUUUCAUGAUGAUCAGGCCUCGAGGAUUUAGUAUCUCGU